AUGCAUUUCGUGUUGUCGACCACGACGGCUUUACCAUCAACAAAUGUGUCAACGGUGGCCGAUCGGGGGAUCGAGCUGGCGCUUCCAUUCGUCCUGGCCGUCUAUUCAAUGCCAGCACUUCUAAUUGCUGUCGUGUGUCUAAUCGUUAAAUGGAGGCCUUGUUACGAGUUCUCCGGUCCAUUGCACAUUUGUCGAUGGUAUUGUCUAUGUUGUUCAAGGGAAACUCUUGAUGAAUUGACUGCAAAUGAUCGACAUCUUAUUUUGGCUAUUGAUGUUGAGAGUCUCGCCUCCGACACAGCCUCAAUGAGAUCAAAAAGUUCGAUGAAAGAAAAAAGUCAACGAUUUGAGCUGGUUGAUAGAAGCCUCCUCCCUAAACCAGUUGAUCAAAUCUUUGAAGACGAGCCGACAAUUGAUGAUGAUGACGAGUCUUCUUUCGAU